CAACAACAACAACAAUAACAACAACAACAAUCAUCAUCACCACCACCACCAACACUGCAACCAUGAGCCAAACAUUACCAUCAUCACCAUUGCACCUCGCAUCAUCAUCAACAACACCCACACAUCUCCGCACAAGACCAUCAAGCAUAAAAGCGGAACACAUGCAGGACGACGACGACUGCACCUGCCGCUCACCAAAACGGGCCAAGGCUUCCCCCUCCCCCCGGGCAGUCCCAACAAUGCGCCCAUUGUCCACGUCCAUUUCGACGACAUCGAGCGCCGCUCACUCUCGCGCGAGCUCAAGGUCAGGUGGUCACACCUCCAAGUCCCUCGCAAGCCCCAUUGAGUGGACGUUUGGAGAUCAGCAUCCUUUGCACGCCGCGACAAGUCCCGGCCGUGCCCCAACGGACAAAGUCAGCGGCUGGUCGCGACCAGGACGGAGACGAGAAAUGUCUGUUCCGCUGCUCUCACAUACCUUCUCCCACGUCUCCCUCUCACAGAGUACUCCGCCAUUCAGCAUUGACUCGGGUGAGGCGUCGCCAGUGUCCAUGACUCAGGCCGGCCCUUCGAGCACUCCGCCCGCCAUGACAACUCCUCCGACCGUGACAAUGACGCCACGAAGAUGGCCCCACAUGCGCAAACUGUCAACACCGGCUGCGCCGACAGGUCGCGAACUCUCGUACCCACACACUGCUCCGAUGCCUGUCAUUCACUCGCUUCUGGGAAGCCCAUUCCACAGUAAAUCACGUGCAUACCCCUACGAGCUUCACUCGCCAACGUGGGUAGCACGGCCUAUGGGCACCGAGCCACUUGGGGAGGAGGACCACGACGCAGACUGGCACGCCGAGGAAUGGAUCGAGGAGACGGACGCGCUACCAGAAUUGCAACCGACGCGUCCAAGGCCCGUCUCGAGCACGUUCUCACACUCGUCAUUUGACGAGUUUUCCGGCAGCUGCACCAGCGCCUCCUCGCUCUUCUCGUCCCAACGCCACAGCUUGACCGCCAUUCCCACACGACCCAGCGUUGUGUCCAUCUGGGGCGAGGACGACAACGAGUUUGCUCCUCCCGCAACGCCAAACCGCGCCGGCCUUCAACGUGACACAUUACUGUCGCCCACAAGAGGACUGCACAUGAGUCCUGGUGAGACAUCACCACUACGCACCAAGCGCGCACCUUCCCCCGCCCACGCAAUCUGUGGUGGCGAGUCGCCUGUUGCUCGUGUCUUCCCCAUGGGCCUCCCUCCGUCUGCUGGACCCCCACCUGUCGAACGCAAGCGGUCGACUGCUGAGCGCCGAACCCCCUCUGGCACCUCGCUCAGCCGCUCGCCGCUGUCGAGCUUCCUUCCCCGGCUCAUCAAGUCUGCCCAGAAGCCUCCUGUCCGCGACACUGACGACGGAUUCGGAAGCUUCUUGAAUGGGGACCAGCAGCCUGGCGGCUUAUCACUUCGACGGACCUCGGAGCCACACGACCACAGUGAGGACGCUUACGCUACCUUCCUUGCUCGGUGCGGUGGCGACCGGGCCACCCAAAGCGACAUGUCUCACCACCAGCCUUGGGAGAGCCCCCUUCCUUCGAGCGAGCCCAAUGAGCUUGAGCUGGAAUUGUCCCCUUUGAGGACAAUGAAUGGGCGGACGGCCUUCCCGUCGUUACCCACUCGCUCAACCUCGAGUCAGUCAGAGCCGCCACUCCUUCCCUCUGCUCCCCUUCUUUCCUUCAAGACCCGUUUCGAGAAGAGAGCUUCUGGGUCGACACCCAAGGCUAUCAAGGCUACGCCGAUUCGAUCGCUGUCGGCUCGUGUACCUGGUGUCGCCAGCCGCCCCAAUAUUCGCCGAGGAGGUACCGACCCAAACUUACGCCCCGAGCCGACCCAGCUUGCGACGCCUGUGGCGCAGCUCUUCGGUGACGACAAGCCCUCGCCCGCAGCCUUCGCUUCUACUGGGCUUGUGAAGAAGCGCGGUAGUCGGCUUAGCUUCCCCCGGUUUGGUUCGUCUGUGGCCAAGACCAGACACUGGACGCCCGUGGUAAAGCCUGUGGACCCAAAGCCUGCUGCGGCGUCCGCCAAGGCGACCACGCGAGAGGGCAAGAAGCGGGCACCGAGCAUGGGUGAUCGCGUGGAAGUUGUCCAGAACGAGGACCUUGACGAGCUAGACCAGGUCUCGCCUAUCAAGCCCUUCAGAUCUGCUCCUUUCAGAAGAACUACAUCGUCCACCAGCACGCACGCACGCAAAGCCUCGGUUGCCAGCGACAUCGCCACAUCGCCGUACCGACGGACCAGCGGUCAUGUCCGCAUGUCUUCGACGGCCAGCAGCAUUGGGAACCGAGGUCUGCGUCGCAAGGGCAGCAACAUGUUUGCGUCUUGCGGUAGCAUUGGCAGCGACGCCAUGAGCGACAAAAUGUCAUCCCCUGCCACGCCGACGAAGCCUCUGCCUCUGGCGACAAUUCAGCCCAAGUUUGGCGUCACGACGCCUUCUCCGCAAGUGGCGUCGACUUACUAUCCGUUCGCGCGCAACGCAACUGAGGCCGGGUCUCCGUCCACAAGCCCCGCACGGACUCGGCCAGCCCGUGUUCGUGCCCUGUCGCGCGCAGGCCCGGUUGCGCGUAACUCGAACCCGAUGCUGGCGGCCACGUUCCGUGCUCAUGCGACUGCCAUGCCCUCCACACCGGGAGCUGGCACAGCGCUUGCGGAAGGACUCAUGUCCGAGGCCGCCCGAGUGGCUGGUGCUGGGCGUUUUGAGAGUGACUUUACUCUGGUCCAGGCUCUUGGAAGCGGCGAAUUUAGCAACGUCUGGAAGGUGCGGAGCAAGGCGGACAACGACCUCUGGGCCGUCAAGACUGGGCGCCCUUACAUUGGGGCCAGGAACCGACUGCGGCAGCUCGAGGAAGUGACAAUCCUGCGCCAGCUCACGCGCGACUCUCACCCCAGCAUCAUCAAGUUUGCCGACUCGUGGGAACAGAGUGGUCGCCUCUUUAUUCGAACCGAGCUGGCGGAAUGUGGCGACCUCGGUCGGUACCUGCUAGCACAAGGCGAUCGUGGCGGACUCGACGAGGGGCGUGUGUGGAAGAUGAUGGCCGAGCUGUCAACUGCACUCGACUACAUCCACGCGAAUGACAUCCUCCACCUUGACUUCAAGCCGUCCAAUGUGUUGAUCACUAGAGAGGGAAGUCUCAAGGUCGGCGACUUUGGAAUGAGCAUUAUGCGCGAGCCUGGCCUCAACCGCAGCACCUCGACUAUGCGGAGCACUGCCUCCGGCCGCUCGUCGCGCGAAGGCAGCAUAACCCCUCCAUUUGAGGACGACGAGCGGGCGGCGAUCCAACCCCGCCCCAGCCCCAUCCUCGAUCGUGAGCUUGAAGGCGACCGCGAGUACCUCUGUCCCGAGGCACUCCACGACGCAACCCCUGCCCCCGAGUGGGAUGUCUACAGCCUGGGCAUCCUGGUUCUCGAGGCGGCUCUCAAUGUAACACUACCAUCCAACGGUGAAGCUUGGGUCAAGCUUCGCAACGACGACUUUUCCGACCUUGACGACCAUUACGUUUUGCGAGGAGCCACUGCAGCUCCGAGCGCCAGCACCACGCCGUCGUCGUGGCCGGCGUCGAUAACCGGCGACCCGCCUGCCCCAGCCGUCUCGCCAGUGCUUCUGGACACUAUUCGGCAAAUGAUGUACUCUGCGCCAGCGGCAAGAUUGACUUUGAGCGAACUGGACGAGCUCGGACCCAUGGUCCGUGCUCGGGCCGCGCUCACGUCAGAGCUGGGAGUGUGGCGAGCAGCCGGGCCGGCUCUUGUCGAGGAGGAUGCCGGGUUUAUCGACUAUCUGCUUGGGACGACCGCCACCCAUGCGUUGUAAUACUAGCUUUAGCAUUGCCCUAAUAGACAUGCAUUUCGGCGCAAGACAGGCUUGCGUCGGAGGUUGUACCGAG